AUGGGGGUCGACUCGAAGAAAGCCCCUCCUCUACCUGCGCCGACCGAAACUGAGUCAUUGGGGACGCCAACCGAGCUUGCGACGGAUGUUUCCAACGUGCACGAGGAGGAGGACAAGUCACACAUCUCCAUCCCAGACGACGGAACUCCAGUUACCAUCCGCACCCACAGGGCAAAUCGCUCGCAAACAUCGCUACUAAUUGAAUAUUUUGAAGGCGGCAAGAGCCCUGUCUCCCCCGAAGGCGUAACAACUACCAGCCGCAAGCCCAGUGUAAGAGUGCGCUUGACGCCUUCCAAGGGCGGACGUGGCAAAAACGACCACAUUCAGAUUACCGAAAUGUCGAGGUCGGCUCGAAAGUCUUCGGGGUCGAAGCGGGCGCACCAAGACCCGUUGGUGCCCAGCCGCAGCGAGCUAGAUAUCACCGAUCCUGAGGAUGCUAGGAGUCUGCACUCCUAUGCCUCAGCAACCGAAGAGUCCAAUGUCUCGCGCCACCCUAUUGAGGUGGACAUUACUCCGGGGGCAUAUCGCAGACGUGAGCGGAAGCCCGCGAGCCCUCUCAUUCCAGCCGCAGACAGCAAAGUCUCUUCAUACAUGCCCCCAAACAUGUCAGAUAUAUCAGCCAUCCCAACGGACAGUUUCUUGGAUGGUUCGGGAGGGAACACGACCUUGUCGUACUCACCAAAGAAGCGGCGCAGCAAGAGUCCUUCAGGUGCAGAGGCAUUGGCUGCGGGAGCCUUGGGCGCGGUCACUGCAGCUGCCGUAGCUGACAAAGUCAACCGCAAAAGUCGCAGCAGUAGCCACGACCGCAGAAUUAUUGAGAAAGCUGUCGAGAAGGCAACCAGACCGGACAAGAAGCACAGGUCGAAGAGCAGGACGAGCUCCAUCAGUGAAAUGGAUGUCGAGGCCAAGAGCUCUUCAAAACGAAGGUCGUCCAAGGGCGGCCAUAAGGAAUCCUUGGUUUCAGGCGCAGAUUCUAGCGUACUCUCUUCCGCCCUGGCUCCAAGCCACAGGUCCUACGACUCAAUGUCGUCGUCAAAAGUGUCAAUCAACAACCCCAAAUUGCUUGAGACGGUUGAGGAUGCCAUCCGAAGACUCAUUCUUCCCGAAUUGGAAUCUCUGAAAAGAGAACGCAGCCAGCGCGAGACGAGAAAACCCAAAGACAGAGAGUCUCUUUCCAGUCUGACAUCUGUUUCUCGAGAGGAACUGUCCGUCACAAGCAAGAGAAAGUCUGGUGCUACUGAGCAGUCUGUCAAGUCUCGAGGCCGUGAAGCUAGGAACGAUCUCUCGCCCCAGAGCAGUGUUGAACAUGUCUCUGUUCUCGAAGAUGAGGAAAACACGCCACGCCGUACAAAGGAUCAUUUUGAAAAUGCUGCUAUCAUAGGCGCAGCUGCGGCUGCUGGCCUUGCUGCCACCCAGCGUGACAGGUCCAGGGUGGACGAGAAGCGUCAACGACGAAGACGGAGAGCCAGAACUCCAGAAGCUGGUAGAGCUGCGGAGGACUAUGAUGAGAUGGAGCAUGAGGUUAUUCCACCUAUGCCUCUGUCAAGUGAGAUUAACCCCUCGGAGAUGACGAGAACUUCCAUCCUCUCCGCUGAGACCGACCGGCCUCAUUCUGCAACCGAAGAGUUGACUCCUGUACAUGAGGUGACCAGGGAAGUCGUUUCUGACGACUCCAUACACAAUACGCCAACACCUACUCGAUCUGAGCACCAUACUUUGCAAGCAACUCUGGGAACCCUUCAUGCCAACGUUUCUCACGGCGAUCUACGGGAUCUUCCUCGAAAGGGCGCUGGCGAUUAUGCAGAGUAUGAUGAAGACAGCGAACUCAGCUCUAGAGGCCCCUCUUAUCGUGAUGAGUAUGACGAUUACGAAGAAGACGGCCUCAGUGAGCCAGGCAUGUAUGAAAACGACUUUUACAGUCAGCAGGAUGUGCCUCCACCACUGCGUUACGUUCCUUAUCAACAGGAGCGUCGUGGUCUGAGCCCUAUCCAGAGCGUGUCUGGUUAUACAGAGGGAGAAAGCGACAUCUACCGUAGACGGGAUUCGAGAUUGACAGACAGCGAGCUCUCCUCUCCGCACAAGUCACCCAGGCCCGGCUCAGUACCCAGCAACAUGCGCAGCCGAGAGUUUGGAGACGACGGUAGCAGCGUUCAGAGUUCUGGAAAUUACAGAGAUACAAGGUAUACCGACGACAGCGAGCUGGACCGUGUCGCCUCGGGUCAAGCUGUUCAAGGCGUUGGUGCCAACCCCCGGUUCGUACACCAGCCAUUUGGUGCAGAAUCGAACGUUGCAUCUCUUGUGGAAAGCUCCAUGGCGGAUCAGUCAGUUCUCAGCGCUGGCCAGGACUAUCGUGAUUCUCAGCUCUCCUACGACUCACGGCUAGAGGAGCGAUUGUCUCGAGGAAGCAGCCCGGCAAAGAAUUCUGUAAGCAGUCGAGUCGAAGAGUUCGAGAAGCGCAAUUCGCCCGCGCUAUCUAGACAAUCGCGCUCGGAUAUUUCUCAGGACUUUGAUGAGUACGAGAUCGAUCAGUAUGGACGAAAGUAUCUCAAGACCAGAGACCACCAAUCCCCCACCACUUCUGAGCAAGCCAUCACAAAUGCUGCUUUGUCUCGUGCAGCUGAAGAGGCUAAGCGAAAGGCACAACAAACUGUCACUGAUGAAGAUUCGCAGUGGCAAGGUGAAGGCGUUAUGCGUAAUAAGUCUUUCAAGGAGCGGGCCCGAGCGGACGGCUUCAGAGCAAAUGCUACUCCAACACACAGCAUGGAUCGGCUGUCCGACGCCUAUAGUCAACCGGAGCUGGGAGCUAGUGGCCUUCCAGACGACAAGUACCCCAUGCCAGAGAUUGGUUACGGAUACCGGGACGAAAGUCGUGAACACUCUGUCAUCGAAGGGGAACUUGGGGGACCUGGCGCUCGCGACUGGCACGAGGGAGCGACUCCGACACAAGAGAAGACUUUUGAUUUUGAGCGUGCUGAAACUCCCAAGCCCAGUCACAAGGAUUCGAACCAUGGAAUGGGUGUCACUGAGGCCGCCGCCGCCGGUGCGUUGGCAGCCGCUGCAGGUAUGGCUGCCACACACAGUCGACAGCCAUCUCAAGAUCAGGAUGAUGAGUGGCAUCGGACAUCCGUCGAUCGUAAACGCGACACACUUGUUACGAACCCUUACGAGGGCACAAGUCCCAUUGCCAAUCUCGCUGGCCUCGAACAGCUUACAGGAGCCGGAUUUAAUGGUGACUUGUAUCGGGCUGGCUUCAACACUGGAAGUCCUGGACUACCCCAUGGCGACGAGGGUUACGAGACUGCACAGCCAAACGAGGCACAGGUCAAGGGUAAGGCAGUUGAAUUCCAGAACCAGCCGGGAAUGGGUGGGAACACCGAUGAUCCAUUCUAUAUCGGUAUGCCCAAGCACCAAAGGCAGCUCAGCGGAAUGUCCCAAGGGAUGGCCUCACCGCUCUACGAUCCUGCCAGUGGAACGGGCAUUGAUAGGAUCCAGUCCAAAGACAUCAUUGCAUUGAUGGAACAUCUCAUGGUGCGCGAUGCACAGCGAAGUGCUAGAGAUACCGAACUGCUUGUAACUCUCGUCCGGUCAGCGGCCGAGAUGCGAAGUUCUUUCAAUGAUAUAAAGAGACUCCUUGCCGAUACAGAAGAUCAAAUCAUCGGUGAGGUGAAGGACAACACCGAGAAGACUGUACAACGGCACCUUGGUGGCCCAAGGCCCUUCCCCGGCAGUGCACCUCGAUCACUGCAGGGCGGCUCACAAGCAGGCACUCUUGAUGAGACUGCCAAGAAGCAAAACAUCUUCCGACGGGCUCUCAAGGGUCUCAGUAGUAAAGGGACCAAUGAUCUUGGAAGGAUUGAGGACAUGCUUAUGCAGCUGUUGGGCGAGGUUGAUGUCUUGAAACACCAAACUGCUGGCCAGGCUCUGGUGUCCGGUAUGGGCACAAACAACCAGUCACUCGAAAACCUGGCGGAGGUUCAGUACGAGCAGGACAAGGGCUACGAACCAGAGGGCAAUGCUGGAACUUCGACUGCGAGCCAUGCAAGCCAAUCUGGACACCUGUCGAUCCCGCAGUCUCGCGGGCCAUCCGCCAAAGGUGGCUACGAGCGAAAAUUCUCCGACCACAGAAUCAGCACCGUUCCCGAGGGAGAUGAAAAUGAGUUUGAUGCUCGAUCCUUGACCCCAGGACAGGAAUACUCGGAUCCCAAUUUGUUCAUGUCGCCAGCAAUCCCCCCCGCCCGUGUUGAAUCAGUGCCCCUUGCAACUCCUCCACAAGCACCUGCUCAAAUCAGUGCUCACCCUGCUAGUUAUGAGAACACGCCUCAAACAGAUGCAGGCAAGAAACACAAGUCUAAGGGCUCUUCUGGGUUCUUUCCCAAGAUUUCCCGUUGGUCCGAGACGACAACAUCUAGCGUGGGCAAGAUAUUCCGCAACUCACGCAAGCCAGACCCGGAGGAGUUCCUCCAGCAUCCACCUUCGCGUUCUGGCUCAGACAUGGGCGACUAUAUCAGUUAUCCUCAUGACCAGUACGAUGAUCAUCUACACACCACUUACUCUCAGCAAGACUUUAGCAGUGAUAUUCCAGACGAAGUGAUUUCGCCUACAGGUUAUCGUACUGAGGCGCCACCCGCUACAUAUGCGACUCCCGAGGAUCCAAAGUACAAGGCGCAUCGCAACAGCAUCAAUCUCCAACACCCUCAGCCGCGACCGGGACAGACCGAGCGUUUUAGAACGGCUCUCGAGACAUCUGCCCAGGGCUACGGCGGUAUUCAAUCUCCCAUGAGCCCCCGCUCGGACAACUGGGCAAGCUCAGCCGUGAGCCUGAACCGCUUGCCAGAGCCAAAUAGCGACCGCUACAGUGAUCAGAGCCCAGCCAACGAAUACGGCUGGACCUCGCCUUCUCAGCAGGGGCCCCCUCGACCACCGAAGGAGCCUCUUGAUGAUGUCAGCGGCACUCCACCAAGAAAUGAGCGUCUCAGCAAACUUCAAAGGAACAGCCCUUUGCCCUACCACAGUGUGGAUAGCGGUUAUGGUGGAACAGCUACACAUGCUGGUACUGUUGGUACCGCAAGCUACCAUUCUGGAAGUCCAAAGCCAGAGAACCGCAAUCUUAGCGGUGCGCUUGGUGCUCCAGGACGCCGACCCAGCGGACCUCGCGCAAUGACACCCAGUCGAGGCAUGAACAUGUCGCGCGGAAGCGAGGAUGGUGAGAGCAUCCGCAGUGGUUCAUAUGCCAGAGACGAACGAAGGAGGAAGAGAGACACUUUUGGCUCCAUGGCUAGUCCCGUCAGCCAGGAAUCGGAUACGUUUUAG